GACAUGGAGAAUAAAGAAACCCUCAGGGGGUUGCAGAAGAUGGAAGACCGCCCAGAAGAGCGCAUGAUCAGAGAGAAACUCAAGGCAACGUGCAUGCCAGCCUGGAAGCAUGAAUGGCUGGAAAGAAGAAGCAGGAGAGGCCCUGUGGUGGUGAAACCUAUCCCAGGGAAAGGAGAUGGAUCAGAAAUGAACAAACUCUCUCUAGAACCUCAAGAUGAAGGACAAAGCACCGCUUCUUCACCUACACUGAAAGGAAGACGUAGUCCUUCUCCAAGCAGCUCCUCAUCGUCAUCCUCUAGGACGGUUAAAUCUGAAUCACCAGGUGUUAGAAGAAAAAGGGUAUCUCCAGUGCCUUUUCAGAGUGGACGAAUAACCCCACCUCGACGAGCCCCAUCUCCAGAUGGCUUCUCUCCCUACAGCCCUGAGGAAACAAGUCGUCGUGUCAACAAAGUUAUGCGAGCCAGGCUGUACUUGCUGCAGCAGAUAGGACCCAACUCGUUCUUAAUUGGAGGAGACAGCCCUGAUAAUAAAUACAGAGUGUUUAUUGGGCCUCAGACUUGUAGCUGUGGCCGUGGAACAUUUUGCAUUCAUCUGCUCUUUGUUAUGCUGCGGGUGUUCCAGCUUGAACCCUCAGACCCAAUGCUCUGGAGAAAGACACUGAAGAACUUUGAGGUUGAGAGUUUGUUCCAGAAAUAUCACAGUAGGCGUAGCUCGAGGAUCAAAGCUCCAUCUCGUAACACCAUCCAGAAGUUUGUCUCACGCAUGUCAAAUUCUCAUACAUUGUCAUCAUCUAGUACUUCUACAUCUAGUUCAGAAAACAGUCAUGAAUUGCCAAGCCCUGUGGAUUCUUCUGUUAUCCGUGUGGUCCAGCAGCAAACACAGCAGCAAUCUACAGCUGGAUCACAGAGAAGAACGCAAGACAGCAAUUUUAACCCUACUCAUUAUGGCGUCCAGCAGAUUCCUUCUGCCUAUAAAGAUUUGGCUGAUCCAUGGAUUCAG